AUGUCUCACAACCAAUACAACGCUACUGAAAACACUCAAGAGGAUAUUGCUCAAGACUCUAUCCGUGUUUCUUCUCCUUAUGACUCAUCUAUGCAAGUGGAUGAGCACGCUCAACUUUCUGCAGUUGAUCAUCUUCUCAAGAAGAUUGACACUGCUCAGGCUCGCUUGGAUCAGAUCCAUCGUAACGCUGGUGAUACUUACACUGAGGAAGAACGCUUGGCGGCUGAUGAAGCAUCUGCGUCUAUCGAAUGGCUCAGCAAGCAAGUCAGUGCAAUUACUAAAAGGGCUGAUUCCAAAGCAAGACCUGUCAAUCUCAAUGAGAUCCCCCGUUUCCAGGUGGUAGGACAAGCUAAGCAUUGGCCUGACCAUCCUCGAUUCACCACAGUCGAUCAUUUCUUCAGUGCGUUUGAGAACGUCAUCAGAGCAUCCGGUAAUGAAGUAAAUUUGGUUUGGAAACGCUACGUGCCUGUUUCACUGCCAUUUGACUUCGAAUCAUGGACCAAGAAUGAUCUUCUGGCAUGUAAUGAUUGGGAUCAAGCCAAGGCAUUGUUCCGCAAACAUUUUGGUGCUCCCAUCAACUCUGAGGAAUCCAUGGCCAAACUCUUCAGCAUGCGCAUGAAGAACAAUGAUACUCUACAGGACUAUACGAAUAAGUUCAUGAAGUACGUCAAGGAUUGUGGCUUCCCUCCUAACAGCAACAUGUUAGCCAAGUUCUAUCAGUUCACGCUGUUACGCAAGAAUCAGCAAAUGAUGGUCAACCAAAUGUCCGUCAAGCAUGGUUCCAGCCACAAAUGGACUAUCAACGAGAUCUAUGAGUGUGUGCUGCCUUUGUUCCUUGUUGACGAGCAAAAUCGUGGUGAUGGCGAUGUUGAGGAUGACAUCAGAGGUAAGCGUAAGGGUGGUUCAGGUGGUUCUGGUUCGAGAACAAAGAUGGCAAGGGUAUCUGCCACUGGGUAUUUCUGUGCGAAGCAUGGCGGGAGCAAUGCCAACCACAACACCAUUGACUGUAAGUCAAGAUUGAAGCACUUUGGCUCUGACAACAAGCCUAACCGGGCUACUACUGCUGCUCCGUAUUCUAUGAAUUCCUCAUCCUCUGAUCCCAAAACCUGCAACUUUUGUGGUAAGCCCCGUGCUUACGGUCAUCGUUGUCAAGAGUUCUACGACUGGAAGAAGGAGAGAGAAUCAAGGAAGAACAUUGGUGUGCAUACUGUACAAACAACCACUGUUCGCAAGGACAACAAGUCUGGUUCUGGUUCUGAGACCAACGAUGUUACCAUGGAAAGUAGCACUGAUUCUGACAUUGGUGAUGCUGUUGGAGAUGUCACCAUGGAGGAAAUAGAUGCUUGCUUGGACGAGAUUGAAGCAGAGGAUGCCUCGCUCAACUGUAAGUCUAAUGUGAAAAAUGUACCUGAAAGUUUCAAUCCAUUUCAGUUACUGACUCCUAUUAUUUUAGAGAGCAAAGAAGGAAAACCAGUCCGUUUGAUCGCGAAAGUAGAUACGGGAUCAGAUUCCACCUUCUUAAAUAAAAACAUUUUUCACAAUAAACUACUAUUCACUUCCCAAGAUAUUAUUUCUGUUGAAGGCAAUUUGAACUUUCUGAGUCAUUCAGUAAAGAGAUUGGGUAAAACACCAGCUAUCAAGAUAAGAUAUCUUAAUGACAUUGCAUUUGAUCACUCGUUUGAGCUAUCCAAUUUUAUUCAGGACCUAGGCGAUUUUGAUGUGCUACUUGGUGUAGACACAUUAAGUCGACUUAGAAUUGGGCUAACUGGCGUUGCUCACAAGUUUGCUGAUAUUGGACAUCUUACAGAGGAAGAGAAAUCAGAGCUUCUUGAAAGCAUCGAUUUCGAAAAUGUCAAUUUUGAUACUAAACAUUCUAUUGAUCCAGAAACCGCAUCAAUCUUUGAAUCCCAAGCUGAGGAGAAUAAGUAUAUGAGCAACAUCCAAGAUGCUAUUGAUGAGAAUCAGAGAAUCAAGCCUGGAACGUUUUGUAACGUGCCUGAAUCUGAGAUCACUAUACCAAUCAAGGAGAAUGUUGAUUACUACGUCAAGCAAUAUCCGAUCGCACAUCAUGCAAUGCCCGAAAUCGAAAAGCAAUUGAAUGAAUGGCUGGAUGCAGGAAUUGUAGAACAGUGUAGACCUAACGGCUUAUUCAACAGCCCUCUCAUUGCAGUAUCAAAGAAGGACAAUGAUGGCAAACCCACCAAAACUCGAGUUUGUAUGGAUGUGCGGAGGAUCAACCAGCAUAUGCCCAACAAUACAAACCAAUUUGAGAUACCAAAUAUACAGGAUAUCUUCAUCCGGAUCAAGCAGAAGGGGACAAUAUUUUCGAAAGUCGAUCUGAAAAAUGCAUAUUUUUCAUUUAGAAUUUCUGACAUAUCAAGAAAUGUGCUUUUGUUCAAUUUUAGAGGGAAAUCGUAUAGAUGGUUAGGCUGCUGUUUCGGGUUGCGCCCAAUCACAUCUGUCUUUAGCUCUGUCAUGAACAUUUUGUUUUCUGAUAUGCCCAACGUGGAGGUCUAUGUGGACGACCUAUGCCUCGUAUCUUCAUCCUUAUCCAGUCAUUGCGAAUUGAUUAAGGAGGUGCUGAGACGCUUGACACAUGCCAACUUAAAGAUUGGUGUUGAAAAGUGCUCCUGGUUUCGAUCUAGUAUCUACUUGCUAGGCUUUGUAGUUGGUCCUCAUGUUUCCAAGGUUGACAUGCGACGUCUCUCUGACAUUGAUCAUUGGGGUCCAUGCAAAUCUGCCAAACAGGUUAAACAACUAGCUGGUGUUAUUUCAUAUUUGAGACCACACUGUAAUGAAAUAGCCACCCAAACGCAACUUAAUUGA